GCUCGUCCCACCUCUCUCAAGAAUAUCAGGGGCGGCUGUUCCUGCACUAUCGAGGGAAGCGGGCCCUUGCAAACAACCCACCAUGACCGACUGGGUCAUCGAGAUGGUCUGGACACCCUCCGCAUUGUGUAAGCUCAGGGCGAUUUGUCCCACCGCAGACCGGAAAAUACCGUUGAGGCCGUCCUGCACGUCAAUCAGACCAUACUGGGCAGGGUACACAUUCCGGUGGGAUGGCUUGGGAACCCACCAUCCGGGUUACUUUCCAAGGAACGACCAGGUGUCACAGCGAUCUAAUGGAUGAAGCACCGUAGGCCAGUGAC